GGUGUAAACACGUAUCCCCUGGAUAGGACUGUUGUCCGCAGUGUUCAGGUCACCCUGUGUUGUUGGUAGUCAGUAUAUGGCACAUGUGAGUGAGAUGUGUGUGCAGAAGAGGUAACCUCAGGCAGUUACUAUGGAGAGGAGGGAGUUCUUCACCUCCUUAUUGGCCGGUGGGACAGCUGGGAUGUGUGUUGACCUCAUUUUAUUUCCUCUGGACACCAUGAAGACCAGGCUACAGAGCCCUCAAGGGUUUUCCAGGGCUGGUGGCUUCCGGGGCAUUUAUGCUGGUGUCCCAUCCACUGCUAUUGGCUGCUUUCCUAAUGCAUCUGCUUUCUUUGUGACAUAUGAAUCUGUGAAACGUUGGCUUCACUCCGGAUCCUCUCCAUACCUCUCUCCAGUGGUACACAUGGUAGCCGCCUCUAUGGGGGAAGUGGUUGCUUGCCUUAUUCGUGUCCCUUCUGAAGUGGUUAAGCAGAGAACACAAGUGUCUCCAUCCUCCACCACCUACCAGAUGUUUGCCGCUACGCUGCGCCAAGAGGGUAUAAGGGGCCUAUAUCGAGGAUAUAAAAGCACAGUACUGAGAGAGAUCCCAUUUUCUCUGGUCCAGUUUCCGUUGUGGGAAUAUCUAAAGGAUCUCUGGUCAUGGAAGCGGGGCCGUACGCUCGAUUCUUGGCAGUCUGCAGUCUGUGGAGCUUUUGCAGGUGGGGUUGCAGCUGCAGUCACGACGCCGCUGGAUGUAGCGAAGACCCGCAUCAUGCUGGCGAAGGCCGGAUCAACUACUGCAGGAGGAAAGGUGCUGCUUGCCCUCUCGGAUAUAUGGAAAACACAAGGCUUCACAGGACUAUUUGCCGGCGUUGUCCCCAGGAUGAUGGCCAUCAGCCUCGGUGGAUUCAUUUUCCUCGGAGCUUACGACAAAGUCCGCAGUUUGCUUCUAUGAUGAAUCCUGGAGGAUCUGCCGUAGGGAAGAUGUGUGGACUUACCCGGCAAUACACAGAGACAGGAGGAGAGGAGUCGGCUGCUAAGCAAUUUGGAUGAAGGAUUGUCAUCACACAACAUCACAGCUGAGACUUCCAUGUACCAAGCGCAAUGACCUCAAAAGAAACUCUUCCACUUACAAUAACAAAACAAUUUUCUUCGAUCUGACGUCUCCUUUUUGUAAGCAUGUUGUUAUUUUCUGGGGGAUUAGAUAAAGCUCUAUUACAGAGGAGAUUUCUUGAUUCUGUCACUGAAUGAUGGAGAGUUGCUGCUGCUAACCUGCAACGGAUUAUAGGAUUUUCAGCAUGUGGCAGUGACUGUAUGUAACGCCUCAUACAUGCGAUCGGAUUUUCCGCUGACAAAGCCUAGGACUUUUGUCCGAAGGGCAUUGGCCAGAAACUUGUAUUGCAUACAAACUGCAAAUACUUGUCGACCAAAAAA